UUGCACUGCUCUACGGUGUAGGAUCACUUCAUGCUCCUUGGACAGCCACAUGUACAUGUGCAUGUGUAUUGGCUAAUAAGAUACCCAGUCCUGACCAUUGUUUGGAAAGUACCGGUUUUUGAAGUUGGCCUCUUCCCAAGAAGGUAGUCUAUAUCGUGUUUCCUCGCCAGAAAAACACCGACUAAGUGGUCUUGCACACAAUGGAAGCAAGUCAUUCGGCCGUGGUGGUUUUCGCUGUUGUGCUGUUGUUAGCAUCGAUUGACCGGCAUCAUCAAUGCGUGGCCCAGCGACAGGGUGACCUUCGCCUUGUGGAUGGCGGCUCUCAUUUCAGAGGACGUCUUGAAAUAUUCGGACGUGGCAGUUGGGGAACUGUGUGUGAUGAUCACUGGGAUCAUGCGGACGAGAAGGUAGCAUGCAGACAACUGGGCCUUCUACCUCGUCAGCCAUCAUCUUAUAGACUUCAACGGUUUGGCACAGCCAGUGGUGCGAUACACUUGGAUGAUGUUCGAUGCGCUGGAAGUGAAAACAGGUUGCUUGAUUGCCAGAGCCUACAACUCUAUAAUCACGAUUGUAACCAUGGUGAAGAUGUAGGUGUAACCUGCCAGGGACUAAAAUCGAUGGAGUUACGACAGUUUUACGCUCCUGGCUGUGAGGCGUUGCAGGCUGAUUUGCCAAUGAUAGUUAGAAACGCUACCUGGAAUGGUGCACAAUAUACCUCCACAUACAGCUGUGCACCUGGGUAUCUCCUGCAUGGGGAUAGAGAACGACAUUGCAGAUCAUCGUGUUCGUCAGAGCGGUGCAAUGCAACAGAUGUCGCUUGGUUCUGGAGUGGUCGGGAAGCAGUGUGCUUGCCGCGACAAUGCAGUGUUCUGUGUCCACCACGGUAUGGAAGGAUGGCAUUCUCCAACAGGCAAGAAGGACGUUUUGAGUUCAACAGCACCGUGGAGUUCACAUGCCGUCCUGGCUACAUGCUGCAGGGCAGUGUGACCCGUACUUGUCAGCCGGAUGGGACUUGGAGUGGCAGUAUGGCGACUUGUCAAGAAAUGAACUGCACCAAUGUAUCUUUUCCGCAUCAUGGCUGGUCAAUCUCAAGGUACAACGGUAACACACAGGUCAGUGGUUGCAUUGAUGGCUACUACAGUGAGCCACAGACCCAGGUGAGAGUGUGUGCGGAGGACAAGAACUGGACUGGGAACACUCUAAUGUGUACGGAGCUGAUGUGUGAGACAUUGCCCUCUCGUAGUCCACUGCGCACAACAUACACGAACCAGACCAGGCGUCAUUCCAUUGCCACUCACGUAUGCCCGCUCGGCUUCGACAUGGUGGGUGGAGGCACAUCUCGCCAGGAGUGUCGCGUGAACUGCACAUACGACGUGGUCGAUGGCCGUCUCAUGCCAAUGUGCCGACAGAGGCAUGUAUUCUGGACGGGCACUACGCCAACAUGUCAAGCUGGACCUUGCUCUAAUGUCUUCCCACCGCGUCAUGGUUCAUUAAUUUCUUACGAACUGGGCAACGUCACCUACAACACAACAGAAAUCGGGUUUCGCGGAGUUCGUGGAAUGAAGGUUACGUUCGGCUGCGACCCCACGUACAAGCUGUCGAGCGAAGGAAUGCGCACAAGAACAUGCGAUGUCCCCUGGUCUGGUGUCGCGCCUCUCUGUGUGGAUGUCUGUACUGGUGUGGUGUGCACAGAGGAUAGGAAGUGUCAGCCCCACCCCAGCCUGCGUAACAGCCACCAGUGCGUGUGCAAGGAGGAGAGGGACUGUCCUGUGCGCCAUGCACCCGUCUGUGCCAGCAAUGCACGCUCCUACAGGCAUGCGUGCCAUGCAUUGGUGGAUGCAUGCAGGACGGCUGUCAACAUCUCCAUUGUGGGACAAGGCUACUGUACAUCAGUGAAAUGCAGCAUGGAUAGUGCACUGAACAGGACCGUUGGCCAAUGUAAAGCCUCGCCUCAAGCCAUCUAUAAUCAUUCUUCAUCUACCUGUCAGCCGGUGCAGGAUGGAACAUGCUUGCGAGGUGGUAACGUCUUCAGCGCCAUGCAAGACUGCAUAGAUACCUGCAUGGAGCAGGAUCCAUGUGAGCAGAGCCUAGACCCUGGCAACUGCACUGCCUACCACGACCGUUACUAUUACCACAAGAAUGGCGGCACAUCGGGAUGCUAUGCUUUCCGCUAUGGUGGUUGUUAUGGCAACCUAAACAACUUUCCGACACGCGAGGCGUGUGAGGGAUGCACUCGUCGAUGUCCUGCAUUGUGCGGCCCAGACAAUGGUCGCUUGCAUGGCCGGCGUCGCUUUGUCGGAAGCAUUGCUCGGUUCAGUUGUGCCCAGGGCUACAGGCUUACAGGCGACAGAGAGCGUGUGUGUAACUCUUCACUCAGGUGGACUGGAACACAUCCUACAUGUAAGCUGGACUGUGUGCCAAGGCUGUGUGAAGUGACCACUGCAUACACCUGUCCAGCGAACAACAACACCAGCAUCGCUACAUCAUGCGGCCGUUACAGACUCGUAGACUUCGCUUUCUGGGCAUACAUCAAUGCUUCAAUGUCCGUGUGCGAGGACUCGAUGUUCGUCAUCAAGCUUCAAGUCUUUGGGGAGUUCUUUCGCAGUCAGAACUGUUCCUUCCUGACAAAUUCUCUUGACAGUGUCAAAGUGCAUGUGAACUUCAAGAACGGCUGUCCUUGUCCCUUCCCUAUGCAAUCAUCUCGCUAUAUUGUCACUGGAACAUGUGCCCCGAAUACCAAUCAACUGUUUCUAACCCAGCGUAGCGCUCUCGUUGCUACAUCCGAUGACAAGAGGAGUGACGAGAACUUCAGCCUUGCCCAGUACCAUUGCAGUAGUCAGUAGUCUUGACUAGUAGGUGUGCUUCCCUGGAGCAUGAGGUGAUCAUGUGGAUACGGACGGUGCAUGUGAUUUGCUUCUUGUACUCUUGGUGGAUGAUCAUUCAUUACGUGUGCCCUUUGCUUUCUGCCAAGCUUGCUCUUGUUACAACUUCUGACACACCAUAUCUACACAAUCAUGUUUGCCUGUUAGUCAUGAACUGACUUUCACUGUGCUGGCGGUAAACACAACUCUGCUUUUGUUUUCGGAUUGUGGAGGCGCUGUUGCCGCUUUCCCAUCACAGCCCAGUACUUGCAUUUUUUUCUUCUCCGUUUGCAGAGCAUUUUCAGGUACUGUUUUCACACGUCGGUGAUCGUGUAUUUGUGCUCAGCAAAAUAAGCACCAAGCUGCUGUGCUUGCAGCAUCCCCUUUCACGCCCAACUUCUUCGUUCUGAUAAAUGCAAGUAGCCGGCAAGCCUUAUUCACUCAAUCACGGUUUCUUUGGUCACUGAUGAAUUUGAUAUGCUCCUGUGCUGCACUGGUGUUUUCACAUUGUUCAAUUCUCGCAGCACAUUUGGCCUGCCCUGAAUUUCUUUUCAAUUUUGGCACUUUACACAUGCACGUACCAUAUGCAUGGCAUUUCAAUUUUUUCAAGUCUUAUUCUGCGUGAUAUGUUCAUACACAGUGGCACUCAGGUUUAUUGAAUGGUUUCACCUCCUCUUCUGCAAUCUUUCCCACAGAAAAAAAAACACAUCACAAGCCAA